AGUGUGUGCGUGUGUGUGUGUGUGACAGCCGCGGCACGUGACGCUGCCGCCGCCCGCAGGCAUUUAAAGGCCGGGGAACCAGAAUACAAGGAAAACACACAAGAGCUGGGUGCACAGUGAAGACAAAACACCGAAGAACAAGAAGAGGACUGAUUGAAUAUACCCAUGCAGUCUUGGGCUUCCUGAAGAUGGCAGCGUCGAGUAACAGCCCACAGUCCCCCGCCAACCCUACCCCAGACCACAACGCCAUCUCUAGGGGCUACCUGGACAUCGAGCAAGCCCUGGGCGGGAGGCUGAUGGGUUUAGGGUACGGCAAGGCUGUCAAAUACGUCUACAACCCCAUCGAUUACGCCGGGGAGCUCCACGAGGACUUUGUUGUCAAGUUCUGCCGGGGCCCGAAAAAGGUUCUGCUGUUAGGGAUGAACCCGGGGCCCUGGGGCAUGGGGCAGACCGGGGUUCCUUUUGGCCACGUGGGGUACGCAAGGGACUGGCUGGGCGUGAGGGGGGAGGUGCAGCGGCCCGUCCAGGAGCACCCCAAGCGGCCUGCACUGGGGCUCACAUGUACUAGGAACGAGGUGAGUGGAGAUCGCAUGUGGAGUCUGCUGAAGGAGCUGAGUGGCACCCCGGACGUCCUCUUCAGGCACGUCUUCCUCCGCAACUACUGCCCGGUCUUCUUCCUCAAGGACACGGCCAAGAACGUGACGCCGGCCGAGCUCAGGGUGGCAGAGCGCAGUGCCUUGGAGGCAGAGUGUGACGCAUCGCUGGUGGCGGCGGUGCGGCUACUGGGGGUGGAGCACGUGGUUGGGAUCGGGAAGUACGCCACGGACCGCACCAACGCAGCGCUGCGAUCGGCUGGGCUGGAGGGCAUCAAGGUCAUCACACUCAUGCACCCUAGCCCCAUCAACCCCGCUGCCAACAAGGGCUGGAGGGACAUAGCCAUUGACCAGCUGACCCAGGGUGGCGUGCUGCACUACUUCAAGCCUUAGGGCCACUUUCACAGUACGCCAUGGGGGGUUAGUAAGCCUUCCAACCGAUACCAAAGACUUUGAUAAUUCCUUUGUAUAGUGUUUGCUGUUCGCAUCUAAGUUAAGAAAUUUGAAGAAGCCAUACGGGACGUCUUUUGUGUAUCUGGUGUUGCAGCGAGAACUGAUUGUGGAGUGUAGAAGAUUGAAUAGCUUGGUUGAGGCCAUUACUGAGCCACUGUGUUGGAGUGUGAUAUUGGCCCUUAGACACAGAUGCAGACCAAUAAGAUUUAGAAUACUGAACCAUGAGAGAGGAAGACCUAAGAUUUCCAUAAC